AUGUCGUUCAUUCGCACACCGAGGCGUUGGGUGCCCAUCGCUGCACUCUUCCUCUUUAUUGUAGCUCUCAAUCAUAUCGACCCCAACUCUCGAGUCCACUACACAAACUGGACCACCGCCAAGCUAGAACCCCUCUCCCCAACCGAUGUCGCCAGAGUGGCUGCUCUCAAGUCCCUCGUCGCGGUUCCGGAUGACCCCGUGGAGUUUGCCAACGAUCGCGACAAGGGUUUGGCGUGGAGGGAUGUGUACACUGCCUACAACGCAGCCAAGUUGCGAGAACUGGCAGUCUGCAACGCCCAUGGCGACUGUCACCCCAACGCCAACAAGGUCAUCCUCUUCAUGAGCACGUGGUGUAUUCAGGCUACUUUCGAGAACUUUAUCGGCGGAGAAGGCAUCUGGUGCAAGGGCAUGAUCGGCAGUCUCGAGCGCCAGGGAUACACCGUGCUGUACACCAACGAUGAAGGCAGCGAACACUUUGUCAAGAAGCUGUAUCAGCAGAUCCCCGACCUCAUCAAGAUUGUUGUCAACGACGACGGCUUUGAGGGACCUCGCAACCUCGACCACCGGCCCUUUUAUCAAAAGACCCCCACCCGACCAGACGGGAUUCCACUAUGGAAGGUGUUCACGUUCCGCUACUUUGGCAGUGUCCAUCCAUCCAAGGUGGGAGAUAGAUGGUCCAUCAGCGCCGAGCCGCAGUGGAGGGAACAGGACACCCCUUGGUUUGAAAAUUACACCUACAUUGGGUACGAUAUCCCAAAGAUCACCGGUGGAACACCCUCCAGUCAGCGCCCAUACCGUGUAUGGGUUUACGGAAAGCGCUCUGUCUACUUUGAUUCGUCCGAGGCCAACACGGCCAUGUGGCCCAUGGAGUGGUUUGAGCGGGCACGGAAAGAGCUUGUCCAAGAUUACCCGGGCUUCGAGUUUAUUGGUUCCAUCAAGGUCGAAAACGUGGAAAACAGCAAAGACCAGUACUACAUCGACAACUAUGUCAACAAGGGAAUGAAAGAGGUGCCGUGCCCAGAGGGCAUACGAAACCUCGGCACGCUGCUGCCCAAGGCAGAGUUCGAGCGCGAGCUGUCUCAAGUCCGCGUCAUGCUAGGCAUUGGUAACCCGAUGACGAGCCCAAGUCCUUACUUUGCUCUUGCCAACGGAGUGUCCUUUAUCAAUCCUCACAAAAGAGGACCCGAUAAGAACAGGCAGGACGACUAUCGGGAGUGGGGAAGGGUGCAGCAUUCAACCUUGCGAACCCUCUCGGAACCAUACGUGUACAAUGUUGAGGCUGAGGGUGACUACAGCCUGUUCAUCGGCGCGAUUCGACGAGCAUUAGAUAACCCUAUUGACCCUUAUGUCAGCGAGUACCACGAAAUCGAGGGGUUGGACGAACGCGUCCGGGAGUGGAUGGAGACCGACUGGGAGGCAGAGGCACAGCGCAUCCUUGACCUCAGGAAGCAGGGCAUCGAGACACAGAACACUCGUGAGGCCGCAGUGUUUGAAAUGUAA